AUGCCUGACUCUGAGCUGUUUGGAGCAGUCCUGGUCCCAGACUCAGAGCUGUUUGGGGCAGUCCUGGUCCCAGACUCAGAGCUGUUUGGGGCAGUCCUGGUCCCAGGCUCAGAGCUGUUUGGAGCAGUCCUGGUCCCAGACUCUGAGCUGUUUGGUGCAGUCCUGGUCCCAGACUCAGAGCUGUUUGGGGCAGUCCUGGUCCCAGACUCAGAGCUGUUUGGAGCAGUCCUGGUCCCAGACUCUGAGCUGUUUGGGGCAGCCCUGGUCCCAGACUCUGAGCUGUUUGGGGCAGUCCUGGUCCCAGACUCUGAGCUGUUUGGUGCAGUCCUGGUCCCUGCAUCUGAGGCCACAGCUCUGUUCACACGGAGAGAAGUGAAGUGGGGUGAAGCCACGGCCCAGCAGCCAAUCAGCUCCCACCGCACAGCCACAAACACAGACUCGCACGGCUCCGACUUAACCUCGCUCCCCACACACAACCCAUCGCCCCCAAAAACACCCUUUCCAGCCUCUUUCUGUGUCGACGAGUAUCGCCACGGCAACACGGAUCAGCCGCCGCGAUGCUGUUAUGUCAAACGCACCAUGAUGGCCGUCUUCUUCUCCUCGCCCGGUGUGGCCGAGGGGGUGUUGGGUACGACGUGA